UCUCUCAUCGAGAUAUCAUGAAUGACGAAGCAAAAACUGUGAUUGAACAGUUAGACCAGGCACGUGAUUUGGGCUUUUCAGACCCAGUUUUGUUUCCUCAGGUCGUAAAGCAAAUCUUAAACCUUGUCAAUAAUCCCAAUCCAGACAUACAAGCAUGGUGCGCCAAAUUUUUGAAGGAUGCUUUUACCAAAAAUGACGCCCUUGUGUCUCCCGCAGUGAAGGUUGAUUUGGCGAUUGACACGUUGCCUCAUUUGAAUUUUUUAGCCAGCAUUCGGAAUCUCGAGGUGUUCAAAAAUGUUAUUGAUGUCAGUGUGAUAGUGUUCAAGCUUACCUUCAGAUUUGUUGCAGAGAAUGAUGGCAGCAGUAAUGUCUGGGCGGGAGUUAAUGAGCUUAAAAACAACUUAGUAGCAAAAUAUGACACUCAGUUUCCUUUUGAACUGUCUUUUGACCGCGAACACGAUGCUUUUCGCAAUGUCGAUUGCAAGCUCGAAUUGUUAAAGUUUGUGAUGACUGUCAUAGACUAUCAGCUGCGGUCUAAUUCGAACAAAUUUUAUUCUUUAGCCCGUGUUAAUCCACAUCAUACUCUUAUCAAAACUGCGUUGAUGGAAAGUGAAGCAACGACAUUGUUGGAUGUUGUCUUAAAGACUCUCAAGAACGACAUUCUCGUCACCCCUUUGGUAACCGCUACCUUCAACCAUUUGUCCGUGUUGGUACGCAGAAAGCGCCAGUAUAUGGAUCAUAUUAUUCCAGUCCUAGAAGCUUUUGACUCCACAAAAAAAUUGCAAUCAAAUUACGAGUCACUAGAGUCGUUCAAAUUAUCUAGAAAGUAUGUUGAUCGCACCUUACGGAUUCUCUUCAACUACAUGUCUAAACUCCAAUUGAUUCCAUCUAAGUACCAGGGCGCUAUUGGUAGAAAACUUGCUAUACUUACUGCAAGAGGAGAUGAAAUAAGAAAAAAGAACAUUAUCAUGGAGAAGCCCACAGAUGCUUCCAUCAAAAAAAGAAAAUUUGAGGGAUUCCAGAACCUGUCCAAGAAAUUAAAAUCUGUGGACUACAAAAACCUUUACUGUUUAACAGAUAUAAGUCAUGAUCUCAAUAACUUUGAUCUUUCUACCAUCCCACAAAACAUACUCGUUACCAUGGCACUCACUGCGUUAAAUCGUGCAUCCACGCCAAAGCUCGCAAAGGCUUUGGAGAUCAUUGGUGCGCGGUACACUAAUGCUAUUAAAGAUCUUGCAGAGAUCGAUCCCUCAGUCAAAAGGGAACUCGAACAAGAUGAGGACGAAAAAGAAGCUAAGCGCGAAGAAGAUUAUGGGCCUGAAACAAAUUAUUCGCUACCCCCACCCAAAACCCUUUCAUUUCAGCAAAAGAAGGAGCAUAUAAGUUUGAUCGUGAAAAAUUUCUUUGAGCUCGCUAAGAAGAAGAAUCCAUCGGGAAAUAAUCUCGGUACGCAGGUCAAUGGAAACGGAAGUGAAGCAUUGACAAAGGUGGUCUUUAAUACUUGGAAGGAAGACUCGUGGUUGGUUCUUCUAACGAGAUUGGCUACAAGAGGUAUGCACACUGUGGACUCAAAGUCGGCAAAUUCACCGGAGAGUACAGAAUCAGAGCAAUUAAGCGAUAUCAUUCGAAAAGCAUUGUUCGACUAUUUCUUGGAAAAUAUACACGAGAGGAUUGAUCCAGUAAUAGAGUGGCUAAAUGAGGAGUGGUAUAACGAAAAAGUCGUCAAUGAGCAGAAAUUGAGGGAUGAAAAAACUGAGAUGCUUACGAAACAGUACGAAGAUAAUCCGCUGCUGGUGACAGAUUUGGAGCAGCUGAUUCGUGAUGCAGUCAACGAAACAGAAGUUGAAACUCCCAUUUACGAUAAAUGGGGUCAGCAAGUUUUGUAUGCCAUGAUUCCGUUCUUAGAACCGACUGACAGAAAAGUUUUUCUUCGUCUUUUGAGUGAUUUACCUAGUCUUAAUAAGACAAUGAUUGAGGGUAUAAAGUCAUUGUGUGCGGAUCCUGCUCGGUCUAAGCUUGGAUUCUUAGCUUUACAGUUCUUGAUCAUGUAUCGUCCCCCUGCCAAAAAGGCCUGUUUGGAUGUGCUUAAAGACUUGACUGAGGGUGACCAAGAAGACUUGAAAGCUGAGGCUCAAACUUUGCUUGAUAAAUAUAAGUAGAUCUUCUUCUUUGUAUAGCUGCUGACAUAGAUACCGAUGGUAAUGUAAGAUUACUCCAGCCAUUCACACACACUCUUAAAGUUCUCAAACUUCAAGAAACAAAAGAACAGAAUACAAUCGGCACUUCUGCU